CUUGGCCAUUGUGUUGCCAUUUUUUUGUCUCAGCCGAACCGUAAGCAAAAACUCUGACAGGCAUUGAGCAUUACCUCGAAAACUAUCUAACCACCAUGUCAGACAAAGAAGACUUGUUGGAUGAUGGAGCCGAACCAAAGACUCCCCCCACUUUCGACGACAUCCUCUGUGCCAUCGGGGAGUUCGGAACCUGGCAGAAGAUUUUGUUUUGCCUCGUCCCGUUGGUUGGAGUCAUGGACGGCUUGAACGCCCUGGCCCAGGUGUUCAUGGCCGGGGAGGCCAAUCACUGGUGCCGCGUUGCAACGUGGGACCAGGCUAACUGCACCGCUACGAGCCCGGCGGACGGCUGGGAGUGCCUCCUGGAGAAACGCAACGCCUCCAUCCCGUACAAUGCCACCACGGAGAAAUUCGACAGCUGCCACAUGUACGACGUGAGAGGUGUCGAAUUUGAGGUGGGAAUCAACGCCAGCUUGUUCGCCAAUGGGACCAUCGAAUGCCCAGAUGGUUGGGUGUUCGACACAAGUCAGUACAAGACGACCAUAAUAAAUGAGUUUGAUCUGGUGUGUGACAAGAAGGGUACGGUCAGCUUUCUGCAGUCCCUAUUCUUUGCAGGAUUUCUCGUCGGAUCAUUUGUGUUCGGCUCGCUUGCCGACUGGCUGGGCCGCAAGCCGACGAUCUACAUAGCCUCUGCGGUACUGUUGGUCUCGUCCAUUGGCAACGUCUUCUCACCCAAUGUGAUCGUGUAUAUGGUGCUGCGGUUCUUCAUCGGUGCCGGUGUGAUGGGGGCGUUUCUCGCUGCAUACGUUCUCGUUACGGAGUACAUCGGGCCGAGCAAGCGAGCUCUAGUCGGCGUCUCUCUCCAGGUAUUCUUCGCUUUUGGCUUGACUGUUCUGCCGGUGCUGGCCUACUUGAUCCGCUCCUGGAGACUACUCCAACUUGUUAUUGCACUCCCAACCGUUUUGUACUUCUUUCUAUAUUUUUACAUUCCCGAGUCGGCUCGUUGGCAGAUGUUCAAAGGGAAGUACAAAGAAGCCGAGAAGACGUUAAGGAAAGUAGCAGCGAGGAACAAGAAGGAAUUCCCCGAGGAAAUGUUCUCACCCGAUGUCAUUGGCGCCGCUAAGGAGGAGAAUGCUGGUGGCCAGCAAACAGUUGUUGGACUCUUCCGUACGCCCAACAUGUGCCUCAAGACAUUAAAUCUGAUGUUCAAUUGGUUUGUGAACAACAUGGUGUACUACGGUCUCGGGCUGAGCACGUCCGACUUUGGAGUCGAUGACUACCUGGCCGCAGCGAUUGCAGGCUUUGUCGAGCUCCCUAGCAUCGUUUACUGCGUCGUUGCGCUGAAGUACACCGGUCGGCGAGUAAAUCUGAGCGCCAACAUGGUGGUUGGUGGUGUAGCCUGCGUCAUCUGUGCUUUUCUUGAAAUGGGCGUUGCACGGACGAUUAUCGCCAUGGUCGGCAAGUUUUGUAUUUCUGCCUCUUUUGCAAUCAUUUAUGUCGUGUCUGGAGAAAUAUUUCCCACACCAGUCAGGAGUGCCGGCAUGGGCUUGUCUUCGAUGUCUGCCCGUAUAUCGGGAAUCCUUUCUCCGUUCAUGAUAGAGCUCAAGUCUCUCUGGGAGCCACUCCCGUUCGUGGUAUUCGGGGCCCUGUCUGUCGCAGCGGGCUUAUUUGCUCUUCUGCUCCCCGAGACAAGAAAUAAGAAGCUUCCUGAGACGAUGGAAGAAGGAGAAGCACUUGGGAAACCCAGAUGUCUCGGAGGCAGCGGUAACGAUGCUGAGGAUGUCGCCCUGGCAACCGAGGCAGACCCCUCCCUAGAAUUCCCCGCAAAAACGCUCGGCAAAGGAGGGAAUCUGGCUGAACACGCGGGUUUCUGGCGGCGUUUCGAGGGUUUAGCAGAGACAUAUGAACACGUAUGGGGCUCCAACAUAAUACAUCUUCGUUGAUAAAUCAUUCUGGAAAAUCCCCCAAAAACUUUUUAACUGGUGAGGAAAUAAAAAUCUUCAUUAAACUAUGUAAUGCUUACAGCAGUGUUCCGUGUAUCAUGCUCACUCUUGCAUAUCUAUUGUUCAGGGUUUUACGGGUUUGUACAUGAUACACGUUCUGAUCAGCAGAGCAGGGCUUCAAGGUUAUUUGCGCAAAAGUUGAAUAAUAAUAAUAAUCAUUUUGUCAAGUGAACUGUGAAAAAAGCUGGACAAGAAUAAUUAUGUUUGGAUUGUAUUAUUGUUAAGAGUAUCACAAAAUAUACCUCCGACGUAGCCUACUUGUUCGUGGUCGUUCCCUUUUUAUUCAGAGGCAGCUUGAUGGCAUCCUUCGGCGAAGUUUUGUUCUUUGGUUGAAAACGUCAAAUCAAGAUAAAUGGACCUACAAUAAGGGUGGUGUGUAUUUUUUCCGGGAAAAAUCUGAAGUAUUUUAUGAGUUUGUCUUUGGUGCAUUUCAUUUUAAUGUAUGUAAAAACCAAAUGUAAUUAUUUCUGCUGCCUGGACGUCAAAGAUCAGAAUUUUGAAAGGAGUAAUAAAAAAAAGAAAAAAAAAAGAGCGAGGGGAAGAAAAUCCCCAGUGUUGGAAAAUAUAUAUCUCGGAAUCCGUCCCCUUCUGUCCUCAUGGCUCGUCAGGUCGUCGUUCAUACUAAGAAAAGUCUUUAUCUGCUUAGCCAGCUUCCGACUGAAUGAUCACUUCACUCGGGAUGAACAGCGAUUAAAAACAGGAUUUUUUUCAUCUUUCUUAUUUCAUCACAGUUUGGGAAUUAAACAUAUGAUUUUCUGCACAUCUUGUGCAUGCACCUCUGUGAGAGCCUAUUUUCAGCACCUUUGUAAAUUGUUGUGAUGAAUUUUUGAGUCUCUGGUGGUCCGCCAGAGGAACAUAAACUUAGAAAACAAGACCUUUUAGACCAGUCUCAAAGGGUUUAUGCACAGUGUCCCAUAUGAAACUCUUUCCAAAGUGACCUCUGACGAAACAAGAGACGAAUUUUCCCGUUCAACGUGAUCGAUAACCUGGAGUUUUGAUACUUUAGGUUUGUGAGCUGUGAGGAAUUGCUCCCAGGAAAGAGCUCAUAGCGUCAUUUUGCAUUGGAUUGAAAAGAAAAACCAAUAAAUGUAUUCCAUUGCGGGGUAAACUAACAUUUAUUGCCUUACCGAUGCUGUAUCCUCUUUCCUUAUCUGCUUUUCAAAUAUUUUUAUCAAACAAAAUGCAAAUCCAGAUCACUUUAAUAUGUGUGCAUACGAAAACAAGCAGUUGGACCUAUAUGAUGUAGAUUUCAUUGAAUGCAUUUUCAAUUUAUGUCGUGCAUCCUUUACUUCAAGCUCUUUUCCAGCCGAUUUAGUGGAGUUCUUUCUGUUGAGACU